CUACUGUGCCGGACUUUCGCAACCGUGCCGGACUUCCUGCACCAUGAACCAUGAUAUUGGAUAUGUCCGGAAUCCCUGUACCACCGUGAUUGGGCUAUGAUAUUCUCAAAAUGCCGGAAUCCCUGUGCCGCCGCUGUCAGAUUAUGCUGCAUUAUUUAUCGAUUUUAGACUUUGCACCCGUAUUCCGAUUGGAAUCCAUCAUUGGUGAAUAUAGGAAACGGAUGUAUGUGAUGUGGACUUGAUGGAGUAUUUAAAGAGGGUGGUUCCCCCAGCCUAUGCCUCGAUAUCCAACUCAAUUUCGCAUCAUCCAUCAUUACAAGUCUAAGCAGUGCAUUUAAACUGCAGAUCUAAACAAAAUCAAUACUUCAUCAUGCUUGUUCUUAUUGCCGGAAUUACUGGAAGCCUUGGCAAGCGCCUUGCUGAAAUUGCCAUUGCACGAGGGCUGUCUGUCCGCGGUUUAGGCCGCAACCCCGACAGCCUUGGUCCUGAAAUAUCAGAACAUCUGGAAUCCUUUGUCAAAAGCGACUCAUACUAUGACAUCCCAGCUCAUGAGAAAGCCGUCGCCGGAGUCGAUGCGGUGAUCAAUGCCUAUUCUCCAAUCCCUAUGCUAGAUCUCGACGGCCACCUUCUUCUCAUUCGCGCCGCAGAGCGGGCCCAAAUUAAGGUGUUCGUCGCUUCCUCCUGGAGCCGUGACUGGACCAAUAUCAAGUUCAAUGAUUUCGAGCAUUACAACAACCAUCUUGCUUUCGAGCAUCAGAUCGCGACGACCAGCACCAUCCGCCCAGUCUACAUACUUACUGGUAUCUUCACAGACCUUCUAUUCACGCCUUACGGGCCUGGAGGAUUUGAUACGAGCGGCGACAGGCCGCGCAUGCGCUACUGGGGCAACGAGAACACCAAGAGCAAAUGGCCUUGGAGCACCCAAGACGAUGCCGCAUCGCGCACAAUUGAUAUUUUGCUCUAUGGCGACGGCGUCCAAGCUGGGAAGGGCGGCUUUUUCAAAAUUCGCUCUGGAGUGACGACCAUCGAGGAGCUCGCGGUGGUAUACGAGAAAGUCUUUGGGGUUAAAGUCGACGUUACUCGCGCGGGUAGCGUGGAUGAUCUCGAGAAGGAACUUGCUCGGCUGAGAGAGGAGAAGGGCAGGACUGGGUAUGGUGAGUACAUGGCUGAAGCUGCAGCAUUGAUUGCAAGCAAGGGAUUGUGGGAAAACAGGGACCUCACUGUCCUGGACCAGUUUAAAAAAUCCCCAACGCUCGAGGAACACUUCACGGAAGUGAAAAACAAGGCCUAA